UAACAACCGGAUGUGAGGUGGCUUGAAAGGAGCAAGCCAAAGAUAAACACGUAGACAGGCAAAUACGGGUGAGGGGGGAAUUAAUAGCUAAAAAUUGGGAGGGUACGGUGACAUGUUUGAAAUGGAGUAGCUGGAGACAGCGUAGAGGUUUUAUCAGACAAGGAGGCGCCGUUGAAUCAGCCGAGGAGCGAGCCGUCCUGCGGGUACCGAGUCGCGGCACCUGCAGUCCACAAUGGUGCGAGCAAUCCUGGUGACCGCCACCAGCAUGGCGCUGACCGGCGCCGUGGUGGCCCACGCCUACCUGCUCAAACAUCAGUUCUACCCGACCGUCGUGUACCUCACCAAAAGCAGCCCCAGCAUGGCGGUUUUGUACAUCCAGGCGUUUGUGCUGGUGUUCCUGCUGGGGAAAUUCAUGAGAAAGGUGUUCUUUGGCCAGCUGAGGGCUGCUGAAAUGGAGCACCUCAUUGAGCGCUCCUGGUACGCGGUGACAGAGACCUGCCUGGCGUUCACCGUGUUCAGGGACGAUUUCUCCCCUCGCUUCGUCGCCCUCUUCACCCUCCUGCUCUUCCUCAAGUGUUUCCACUGGCUGGCCGAGGACCGGGUGGACUUUAUGGAGAGGAGUCCGAACAUAUCCUGGGUUUUUCACUUGAGAGUUUUAUCUCUUCUAGGACUUCUGGCUGUCAUGGACUUCCUGUUUGUUAACCAUGCCUGCCACAGCAUCAUUACCAGAGGAGCUUCGGUCCAGCUCGUUUUUGGUUUUGAGUACGCCAUCUUGUUGACCAUGGUCCUGACGACCUUCAUCAAGUACAUCCUGCACACCGUCGACCUUCAGAGUGAGAACCCCUGGGACAACAAGGCCGUCUACAUGCUCUACACCGAGCUCUUCACAGGUUUCAUCAAGGUUCUCCUCUACAUCGCCUUCAUGACCAUCAUGAUAAAGGUCCACACCUUCCCCCUGUUCGCCAUCCGGCCCAUGUACCUGGCCAUGAGGCAGUUUAAAAAAGCCGUAACAGAUGCUAUAAUGUCAAGGAGAGCAAUCCGCAACAUGAACACUCUAUAUCCUGAUGCGACUCCGGAGGAUCUGCAGGCCUCGGACAACGUCUGCAUCAUCUGUAGAGAGGAAAUGGUCACUGGAGCCAAGAAGCUACCCUGUAAUCACAUUUUCCACUCCAGCUGCCUGCGCUCCUGGUUCCAGAGGCAGCAGACCUGCCCCACCUGCCGCAUGGACGUCCUCAGGGCGUCCAACAACAACCAGGCCCAGGCCCCGCCCCCGGCUCCGGCCCCAGCCCCGGCGGCCCCCGCCAACGCACCGGCAGCCCCGGCCCCAAACGUCGCUCCCGGCAUGCUGCCAGGCUUCCCUCCAGGAGUUUUCCCUUUCUGGGGUCCUUUCCCUGCAGUUCCUCCACCUGCUGCUGCUGCUCCACCUGCAGCUCCUGCUGCAGCUGAUGCUCCACCAGGCAGCACGGACACGACGCAGGCUGCUGGCACCAGCCAGCCCCCUUCUGCUGCUGCAGAUGCUGCUACAUCAUCAGCCGCUGCCGCCGCUCCAGGAUCAGCAAUCCCAGGAUUCCCUUUCUCCUUCCCGCCUCCUCCCUUCCCCGCUGCGCCGUGGCUGCCGAUGCCUCCGCCUCCUCCCUUCGUGUCGUCCAUGCCUCCUCCGCCUCCGUCGCUCUCUCGGCUGACGGAGGAGGAACUGAGGGAGCUGGAGGCCGAAGGGAGGAGGGGCCUGGAGGCCAGGCUGCAGUGUCUCCAGAACAUCCACACCCUGCUGGACGCCGCCAUGCUCAACAUCCACCACUACCUCAGCACCGUCGCCACGCUCGCCCCUCCGCGGCCUGAGGGUGGCGCCGCAGAAGCUGGCGGAGCCAAUCAGGAGGCAGCGUCCGCUGGCGCAGAGAGUCCCACCACAGAGAGGGACUCGUCCACCUCUGACCCAGUAGGUGGAGCCACAGUCUCCUCUCAGCCCGCUGACUCCACCUCCUCUGCCUCAGACGCAGAGAGGAAGGAGAACUGGGAUGAAGGAGCGGCGGACGACGAGAACGGAGAGCCCAGCGCAGCCGAGCUGAGGCGCCGCCGCCUCCGUAAGCUCGAGACGACGUCUUCGUCGCCGACAUCGCCGUCGCCACCUCCCGAUAACUGAUACGUGACCGGCGAGAAGAGGGGGCGGGGCUUACCGCUCUGAACCAACAGAAACUUUUGAGAUAACUUAUGGCUGCUUCGGCUCUUCGUCGCCUCUCUCGUCCACACGCUCAGGUUUCCCACAGCAACGAGUCGGACUCGAGCUAAGACGCAACCACUUCUGCGUCUGAUGGCGACGGCUCCUCUUCUGUUUUUUUGUUUUUUUUCUCUUUUUUUUUUUUUUUUGAUUGGAUCAACUCCGGACUGGACUUCUGCCAUGCCAACGCUGCAGGAAAUGAACUCGGUCAGUCGGCGUUUAGCUCUAGUUUUACCGCAUCUUCAGCAGGAAGGCGGUCCUGCUCACCAUAGCAACACGUUACGCAACAGGCGGAUCAUUAACGUAUUUCAGCAUUUUCAGUUUCAAGUAAAGCCAAACCGCUAACUUCUGCUUUUUAUACAUGGCCACCGCGCCGACCCUCUCCUUGUUUCCCAGGGUUCUGAGCCCCGUUCCCACUGCUGACACUGUACCAUACUGAUUUAUUGGAAACUGUAUAUACUGUAUAAAGAGUUUUAAUAGAAUCGUCUGUACAUGCUGCGGAAUAAAGCAACUGAAGCAGCAGCUGAUGCCACAGAGGAACGUGUCGAAGCUCCUGGUUUUAAGGGCCUUUUUCUACAGGUUUUCUGCUGCUGCCAUGUGAUGUUGUCUUUAAUUUGGUUUGGCUGUUUAAAUUAAAACUUAUGACUGAUCAAAAAACAACAACCCCGAUUUCUUCACAGAAAGAGCAUUAUUUUUAUUUUGUUGUGAUUAAAACAACUUUAUUUUAAAUUUAGGUUUGUAGUUUCUGGGGAAAACAUCAAAGAGUUCCUGUCAACUUUCGACACCAAACAGAAACAAAUCUUAGUUAAAUUUGCAAGAAUAUUUUUCUUUACUUGUUCACAACAAACUAAAUAUGCAAUAUUUAAAUAAACAGAUUGUUGUAGAAAAUCUGUAGGUCCCAAUUAAAGAAUCUUGCAAGGUUCUUGUAAAACUUU